AUGGACGACGAUAACGCCAACAACCCCGACGCUCCUCUACUCUCCGAGAACCGAACAAGCCCUCGAUCGUGGUACCAGUCGAGGACACUCUUAGGAGGAGAAGGCGCUCACGCAGGUGCUAAAGCUGCUACGGAGGACUUGAUUCCUAAUGGCUCGGGGACGUGGUUUAUAUGGGCACUUACACUAUCCGCAGGCCUCAGUGGACUGCUGUUUGGAUAUGAUACCGGCGUCAUUUCAUCGACCUUAGUAUGCAUCAAAACGGAUCUGUCCCAUCGAGAGCUGACAACCUUGGAUAAGAGCUUAAUCACAUCAUCCACAAGUCUAUUCGCGCUUAUCUCGAGCCCCAUUGCGGGAGCUUUAGGUGACAGGCUUGGAAGAAAACCCGUCAUCUUGAUCGCAGACGCUCUAUUCGUCGUCGGCGCACUGUGGCAAGCGGCCACCUCAGAUGUCAGUGGCAUGAUUGUCGGUCGGAGUUUGGUGGGGUUGGCCGUUGGAGCGGCAAGUCUGAUUACGCCCUUGUACGUAAAGAUGCGCUCAAGUGCGAGCGAGCAACGUCUUGAUUUCUCCUUUCUGCUGGUUCAAGCCGUUGCGGAAGAGUGCAGCACAUCUACGACGUUAUUGAAUGGCGUGCUGAUUCGAUCCUGCACCUCUAAAUCUAGGUACAUUGCUGAACUCUCCCCGUCAGAAAUUCGGGGCAGAUUAGUGACUGUUCUCGCGCUUUUCAUCACCGGUGGCCAGGUAACUGCCUAUGUAACCGGGUGGCUACUAUCUACAGCUCCAUCAGGCUGGCGCUGGAUGGUUGGGCUCGGCGCCCUCCCAGCUUUAAUUCAACUUUUCAUCCUUAUAUUCCUCCCAGAGACACCACGGUGGCUAGUGAAAGCCGGCAAGGAUAAUGAAGCCCGUCUGGUAUUAGGCAAAGUCUACGGCAAGUCUGAUAUAAUCAGACAGGCGGUCGACCGGAUCAUUCGAGAUAUCGAGAAUGAUAUUAAUGAAGAAAGCCAAAGAUUGGCCCCACAGCAAGACGCGACGUCCGAGGCCUCACAAUGCCUAAAUUCUAUGCUCCAAUCCUGGAGCAGCUUAUUCCGAAUUCCCUCAAAUCGCCGUGCCCUGAUUAUAGCUUGUAUGCUACAGGGUUUUCAACAACUCUGUGGUUUCAAUUCGCUGAUGUAUUUUUCGGCAACCAUUUUCGAUCUCCUUUCUUUUUCCUCGCCAACAUUAACAUCGCUGUCAGUGGCUGUGACGAAUUUCAUCUUUACCUUAUUAGCUUUCUCCCUCAUCGAUCGUAUCGGCCGAAGACGAAUUCUUCUCUCAUCUAUUCCAAUCAUGGCCGUCUCCCUUCUCUUCUGUGCAGCCGUAUUCCCUGCUAUGGAUAUCUUUCCAACUCCGGGUAAAGGGAUGGCUGCCGGAGUCGACAGCAACGACUACGCAGCUGCUCCCCAACCGGGCCUUAAACCCGUACUCAUUCUUAUAUCCCUAACGAUGUAUACCGCUUCCUAUGCCUCUGGUUUGGGGAACGUUCCCUGGCAACAAUCCGAACUGUUUCCCCUUCAGGUCCGAUCCCUCGGUUCUGCACUCGCAACCGCGACGAACUGGGGAUCGAAUUUCCUCGUUGGGCUUACAUUCCUGCCACUAAUGGAGUUCAUUUCACCAGGUUGGACAUUUUUGAUUUAUGCAGUUGUCUGCAUUGUGGGCUGGCUUGCCGUGUGGGCUAUUUAUCCUGAAAUGAGUGGGCUUGGAUUGGAGGAUGUUAAAAGUCUGUUAGUAGAUGGAUGGGGCGUUAGGGAAAGCCUAGAGAGGUUUGCGAAAAGGAGAGGAAAUGUUGUUCAGACAUAA